AUGAAUAAUUCAUGUAGGAUUGGAUUUACGCCGGUGACAUUGGCUUGCCGUGUUAGCUCGUCCCAUCCUCCAUCCUCUCGAUGGAGCGAUAUCGGCGGGGGCGGCCAUCUUGGGGACGGGGCCAGCUGGCAAAGUGGGCCACUGGUGGGGGCGGGUCGUUGCCCCCGUGACGUCACCGCCGUGACGCAACCCGCAUUAUUGCGUCACCGGGGCCUCAGGGGCUCGGAGGAGCUGAGCAGCAGUUUCGAUAGAUCUAGUCAUUUCUACGAUCGGGAGGGGGCGGGGGGCUACAUCCGCAGGAGCGGGAGCUACCAUUCCCAAGGGGAGUCGCUCUCGAGGAAUCGAACCCGCGACAGGACGGCCUACAGGAACGGCCCGUAUACACCCAUCAUUGAGAGGUAA